UUCCAAGUGGAGAUGCUCUAACAUUAUAGUAAAUUUACUCCAAUCACCAUCCCUUUCUCUUGCCUCUGUUACCCUAGACACGUGGCGCUCGCUCACCCAGCCACCGUGCUGCCGUUAUCAUUAUCGCUUCCGCUCCAUCUCACAGCACCAAACCCAAAACAAUCGCUAGAGAGAGAAACCAAGAAAGAGAAACACAGAGAAAUCGCUUUCGCUAUUAUAUCCUCCCUCAAAAAACCGCGAUGGACGGUGCAGACGCGUGGCGCGUGGCCGCGUGUGCCAACACCAACGUCAACAGAAUAAUGCUCCGCUUUCGCCCGAUCGCGCCGAAACCGGUCGCCGGAAGUUCCGCCGUCUCCAGAGCCACCGGCGCUGGCGACGGAAGCCAGAGUAGCCACGUGUCAGUUCUAGGGAAGAGACCGAAGAGGAAGUACGUUAGGAUUCGGAGGAACGGUGGAUACGUGCGAAAGAAUAACGGAAACAGUAACCGAAAAAGUAAUUGUAACUGUAACGAUGAGUCUUCCGACGUGGCGGUUGUGACGUUGCAGUUGAUGCCGGAGAAGGACGCGCCGGAAGGAGACGUCACUCUCGCGGGAGAUUCGUGGUGUAAGAACGUUGAUCUUGACCUAACUGUGGAGAAGAUUCAGAUCGUAGAGAAUCGGAGUGUUCCGCCGCCACGCUUGGUGGUGGAGGAAGGCGAGGGUGCCAAGGGUUCAGAUCUUGUUCCGGCGGCGAAGGCGGCGGAGUCGUGGGUGACGGUGGAGAGCGUGACAGGCACGUGCAUGGGGGAGGGAGAGGGAGGGAGAGGGUUAUUAAGUUGUACGGACGAGGAGAGGGUGAAGAGCCUAGAAACUGACACGUGUCCGGGGUUUGUCUGUGACGGAAGCCUUAGGGUGCGGUGGGUGAAUGAUGCGUACAAGAGGAUGGUGCUGGAGGGGCGCAAGGGUGAGGGUGAGGAUAUCAUGGUGUGGCUGAAGGUGAAGGAUAGUGCCUGCGCUGCGUGGUGGUGCUAUUCUCACCCAGCGUUCACCUGCGGGGUGAGGCUGCAGUACACGUGGCGGAACGAGAAGUGCACGAAGAUGGUGCCGUGUGAUGUUUGGAGAUUGGAUUGUGGCGGGUUUGCAUGGAGGCUAGACGUGAAAGCUGCGCUCAGUUUGGGACUCUGAAAAUAGGGAAAGAAAAAAAGAAAAAAAAAUCAGAGACACAAACGCGACCUUAAACGGAUAUAUCCUUUUAUUAUAUAUAUAUAUAUAUAUAUAUAUAUAUAUAUAUAUAUAUAUAUAUAUAUAUAUAUAUAUAUAUAUAUAUAUAUAUAUAUACUCACACCUUUACAUAACUUGCUAGCUCGAGUUCUGUGGAUUGAGGUCAAGCUCCCUCUCUGCACAAGGACGUGUUUGGUUAGGUAUUUUUCCAGUCAGAGUUUUUACUACAGCUACUGUUUUAAGAAAAUUUAAAAAUUCGAAAAGAAAAAGGUUGUCCGGUAUGCAACUACAUUACAUAUUCAAAGUUCUAGUUUUAUCACUCAUAAUAGUUGUUUCCUAUUCGAGCAGAAUUGUUUCAUGUAAAAGAAAAUAAUUAAGUGAGUGGAUGGGGAAGAAGGGAUAUGAUUUGUGAAACUUGGGAAUGGAAAUGGGAUUAGGAUGGUGCUUCUUAUUACUCUAUGGUUAGUCUUCCCUUGGGAGUUGGGAGGGAAGAAAAAAAAGUAGAAACGUAUGGGAUUAAACAUGCAAAGUGCUACUGAAAAAAGUGCUUUGCUUUGUGGUGCUAUCUAUGUCUUGUAGAACUAAAGCAAAUUAGGUGAAGUGUGUGUAAGUGUAACUAUAUUAUUGUCGCUCCAAAACUUUUAAGACUAUGAAAAACCGUGGUAAAUAUAUGCAUAUAUAUAGUUUAGCAAUGACAAUAUAUAUGUAUGUAUCUAUUAUGAUAUAUCAUUGUCUUAUUGCAUGUGUAAUUAACUAAGCUUAUCUGUCUAUAUAUGUGUAUGCAUUAGAGAGAAUAACAUGGAGAAAAGAAUACAGAUACACGGAUGGAUAGAGAGAUUUGGAGAAUACAAGUGUUUUGUGUCUGUCGUGUUUGGUUUUGUUGUUUAUUUAAGUGGGGACAUAUGGAAGUUAGGUAAAGCUCUAGAAGCAGUGUAAUUUACUCAAAUGUUUCUUUU